GAACACACCAAAGAUAUCAAAAAUAUGUUUCAGCAGCAUAAUGCUAACUGAAGUAGGAAUUUUUGUUUAAAAAAUCCUUUGAUGUAAUCACCUCAACAAACAAAAAACGUUGUUUUCUUCCAAGUUUAUGUUCAAAAUUGGAUAAUUAAACUAUUGUGUCCCAUCUAACAACAACCACACAAAUUUAUAUACCAACACUAUCAACUAGUCCUUUCCGUAAAGCCUUACCAGUUCAAUUCCUUCUUCAUUGCCGCUAAUCUUUUAGAAGCAAAUAUAGAGAGAGGAAAACCAGUCAGUCUCGUAGUUCUGUCAGUCAAACCUUACGAGUUCACUUACUUUUCCAUCAAGACACUUCUGUCAGGAAGUAAUACUAAAACACUUUGAAAAAAAUAGUGUGAAUGAAUGAGGACUUGAUAGUUUGGAAGAAACAGGUUGUAAUAAUUAAAAUAAACCGACCUCUUUUUCUCUUGAUCUUUUCAUAGAAACAUUGUAUGCAGGGGAAAGAUUGAGCUGAUGUAAAUACCUGAAGUCCAUUUGACCUGAAUCAGAUGAAGAUGACUGCAAUAAUCUAUUUAAUCUGCAGAAGACGUGAGUGAAGAGCCUUGGCUCUUCAUCACCAGUGGUUCACUACACAAGGGAGCUGACAAUAAAUGUAAUUCAAUCAAAAUAUGUAAUAAACCUCCCCAUGCACCAAAAGUCCAAAAUACAAACUAGUUUAUCACCUUCAACUUUGCAUUUUUAAAUGAGAGAGAGAGAGAGAGAGAGGUCCAAAGUGCAAACUAGUUUAUUACCUUCAAUGUCCUUAUAGGGAAAAAAAAAUCUUCACAUUUUUCUAAUGUGAGAGAGAGAGAGAGAGAGAGAUGCACAUUCCUCUUUCUAAAGACAAGUGUGUGAUCAUCAAUCACCUAAUAAUCUUCAGCAACAGUCUUAUUAAUUUCUCCAAUAGCUUGUUGCAGUCCAAACUUAAACCAGUUGGGUACCUAACAACACAGUCUCUCAUCCCAAGUCUCGAUCUUGGAAUUUUCCUUUGGCUCGUGAAGUCCAUACCUUACAUUAUUAAUUCUCAAUCUUUCCAUUUCAACUUCUUCACCACCAUCAUUGCUUUGCUUCUGCAAUAGCAGCUACUCUCUAACAAGUUCCCAUGGAAACCAAAACAGAUCAGCAGCUUCACAUUUUCUUCCUUCCAUACAUGGCUCAUGGCCACACUUUACCCCUCAUAGACAUAGCCAAACUAUUCGCUUCCCAUGGUUCCAAGUCCACCAUCAUAACCACCCCUCUGAAUGCACCACUCAUCUCUAAAUCAAUCCAAUCAAGCAAAAGUUUGGGUUUAGAAAUUGACCUUCUUGUCAUCAAAUUUCCAUCAAUUGAGGCUGGGUUGCCUGAAGGAAUUGAAAGUGCUAACUUGGCUACAACCCGAGAGAUGAAGGAAAAGCUCUACAAAGCCUGCACCCUGCUUGCACCACAGGUAGAGCAGAUUUUAGAACAAUAUCAUCCUCACUGCCUUGUUGCAGACAGUUUAUAUCAUUGGGCUACGGAUCUUGCUGCCAAGUUUGGGAUUCCAAGGCUCAUCUUUCAUGGAGUUAGUUUUUUCGCCUUGUGUGCUUCAAUGAGUGUGAUACUCUACCAACCUCACUUGAAGGUUUCAUCUGAUUCAGAAUCUUUUAUUAUUCCUAAUCUUCCAGAUGAGAUCAAGACCACAAGAAACCAAGUACCAGCAUUUCUCAAUCUAAAUGGCAAAACAGAACUCAUCAAGUUGGUCAAAGCAUCCAUAGAGGCUGAGAAGAGGAGCUAUGGGAUUAUUGUCAACAGCUUCUAUGAACUUGAACCGGAUUAUGCAGAUCAUUAUAGGAAAGUUUUGGGCAGGAAAUCAUGGCACAUUGGCCCAGUUUCUCUAUGCAACAAGGCAGAAACAGAUAAAUCAGAGAGGGGAAGGGGAGGAUCUGCUGAUGAAGUACAUGAGUGCAUGAAUUGGCUUAAUUCCAAGGAACCAAAUUCAGUUGUUUAUAUCUGUUUUGGAAGCCUCACCAUUUUCAAUGAUUGUCAGCUCAUAGAGAUUGCCUUGGCUCUUGAGGCUUCUCAGCAGCAAUUCAUCUGGGUUGUGAGGAAUGAAAAUAAUGAUAAAGAAAAGUGGUUGCCUAAAGAGUUUGAGCAGAGAAUGGAAGGUAAGGGACUCCUUAUAAGAGGUUGGGCUCCCCAACUACUAAUUCUUGAACAUGAGGCAACUGGGGCCUUUGUCACUCAUUGCGGGUGGAACUCGAUCCUUGAAGGAGUGUCUGCUGGGGUUCCAAUGAUCACGUGGCCGGUGACCGGAGAGCAGUUUUACAAUGAGAAGCUGGUGACUGAGUUACUUAGGAUUGGGGUUGCUGUUGGUGCCGAAAAGUGGGCUACAUUUGAGGAGGAAAGUGCGAAGAGCGAAGCCAGUGUGAAGAGGGAGGCCAUAGAGAAGGCUGUCACUGAAAUCAUGGUGGGUGAUGAAGCAGAGGAAAUGAGAAGCAGAGCUAAAGCGCUUAGAGAGGUGGCAAGCAGGGCUGUUGAAGAAGAUGGUUCAUCAUUCUCCGAUUUAACUGCUCUAAUUGAAGAGUUGAAGUCCCUUGGGUCAUGAUUCUGUUGAAGCAACCCAAAUGCCAACAUUUGUCUACCAAAGUUGAAUCAAUUUUUACAUGUAACCUGUAAAAGUUCAAAAUAAUGGCAAAAGAGAAAGCACUGUUCUUCAAA